AUGGCAGGCGACAUGAUGUUGGUGAUGCGUGGCUUGGCCAAGCUGAGCCAGUCCAUCAUGGAGACUCAGGCCAACACCCUGCGUAAUGGAGGAGCCCAGGCCAUGGCCCAGAGCAUGCAGAUGACUGCAGAGCAGAGCCUGGGAGUAGCCAUGCAGAAGAUGCAGGUGGGCACAGCAGGAGAUGAAUGGGGCUCUUCUAUGGGGAUUGUGGACAACCGAGAUUGUUACAAAGAUUCUGUAUUUGUCAUUGUCAGACAACACCACCUCCAGUAGCCAGAUCUAAAAUGGAUGACAGAGCUUCAGUGUCAAAUAGCUUCCAGCCUUCCUUUGUGCCUUAUCUAAUUUAGAGUGAGCGCAACAAAAGGUUGAUUCAUAGAGCUUUGGAAUAUUAUCAUGGCUGAGUUAUUUGUUUUCACAGCAUUGGAAAAGUACAAUAGAGAACCAUGCAAAACAUGCUGUGGCUGUAAAUACAGUUUGACUUGAGGAGAUCAGAAAGGUGGCCCUUACUGAGGGUAUAUAUACACUACCGUUCAAAAGUUUGGGGUCACUUAGAAAUGUUCUUGUCUUUGAAAGAAAAGCUUUUUUUUUUGUCCAUUUAAAAUAACAUCAAAUUGAUCAGAAAUACAGUGUAGACAUUGUUAAUGUUGUAAAUGGCUAUUGUAGCUGGAAACAGCUGAUAAAAAAAAAAAUGGAAUAUCUACAUAGGCGUACAGAGCUCCAUUAUCAGCAACCAUCAGUCCUGUGUUCCAAUGGCACGUUGUGUUUGCUAAUCCAAGUUGAUCAUUUUAAAAGGCUAAUUGAUCAUUAGAAAACCCUUUUGCAAUUAUGUUAGCACAGCUGAAAACUGUUGAGCUGAUUUAAAGAAGCAAUAAAACUGGCCUUCUUGAGACUAGCUGAGUAUCUGGAACAUCAGCAAUUGUGGGUUCGAUUACAGGCUCAAAAUAGCCAGAAACAAAGAACUUUCUUCUGAAACUCGUCAGUCUAUUCUUGUUCUGAGAAAUGAAGGCUAUUCCAUGCGAGAAAUUGCCAAGAAACUGAAGAUCUCGUACAGCGCUGUGUACUACUCCCUUCACAGAACAGCGCAAACUGGCUCUAACCAGAAUAGAAAGAGGAGUGGGAGGCCCCGGUGCACAACUGAGCAAGAGGACAAAUACAUUAGAGUUUGAGAAACAGACGCCUCACAGGUCCUAAACUGGCAGCUUCAUUAAAUAGUUAUUUUAAUGGACAAAAAUGGCUUUUCUUUAAAAACAAGGACAUUUCUAACUGACCCCAAACUUUUGAACGGUUGUGUGUGUGUGUGUGUGUGUGUGUGUGUGUGUGUGUGUGUGUGUGUGUAUACAUACAUACAGUGAGGGGGAAAAAGUAUUUGAUCCCCUGCUGAUUUUGUACGUUUGCCCACUGACAAAGAAAUGAUCAGUCUAUAAUUUUAAUGGUAGGUUUAUUUGAACAGUGAGAGACAGAAUAACAACAAAAAAAUCCAGAAAAACGCAUGUCAAAAAUGUUAUAAAUUGAUUUGCAUUUUAAUGAGGGAAAUAAGUAUUUGACCCUCAAUCAGAAUGAUUUCUGGCUCCCAGGUGUCUUUAAAGGGAGUGCUCCUAAUCUCUGCUUUUUGCCUGUAUAAAAGACACCUGUCCACAGAAGCAAUCAAUCAGAUUCCAAACUCUCCACCAUGGCCAAGACCAAAGAGCUCUCCAAGAUUAUAGACCUACACAAGGUUGGAAUGGGCUACAAGACCAUCGCCAGGCAGCUUUGUGAGAAGGUGACAACAGUUGGUGCGAUUAUUCGCAAAUGGAAGAAACACAAAAGAACUGUCAAUCUCCCUCGGCCUGGGGCUCCAUGCAAGAGCUCACCUCAUGGAGUUGCAAUGAUCAUGAGAACGGAAUCAGCCCAGAACUACACGGGAGGAUCUUGUCAAUGAUCUCAAGGCAGCUGGGACCAUAGUCACCAAGAAAACAAUUGGUAACACACUAUGCCGUGAAGGACUGAAAUCCUGCAGCGCCCGCAAGGUCCCCCUGCUCAAGAAAGCACAUAUACAGGCCCGUCUGAAGUGUGCCAAUGAACAUCUGAAUGAUUCAGAGGAGAACUGGGUAAACGUUUUGUGGUCAGAUGAGACCAAAAUCGAGCUCUUUGGCAUCAACUCAACUCGCCGUAUUUGGAGGAGGAGGAAUGCUGCCUAUGACCCCAAGAACACCACCCCCACGUCAAACAUGGAGGUGGAAACAUUAUGCUUUGGGGGUGUUUUUCUGCUAAGGGGACAGGACAACUUCACUGCAUCAAAGGGACGAUGGACGGGGCCAUGUACCGUCAAAUCUUGGGUGAGAACCUCCUUCCCUCAGCCAGGUCAUUGAAAAUGGGUCGUGGAUGGGUAUUCCAGCAUGACAAUGACCCAAAACACACGGCCAAGGCAACAAAGGAGUGGCUUAAGAAGAAGCACAUUAAGGUCCUGGAGUGGCCUAGCCAGUCUCCAGACCUUAAUGCCAUAGAAAAUAUGUGGAGGGAGCUGAAGGUUUGAGUUGCCAAACGUCAGCCUCGAAACCUUAAUGACUUGGAGAAGAUCUGCAAAGAGGAGUGGAACAAAAUCCCUCCUGAGAUGUGUGCAAACCUGGUGGCCAACUACAAAAAACGUCUGACCUCUGUGAUUGCCAACAAGGGUUUUGCCACCAAGUACUAAGUCAUGUUUUGCAGAGGGGUCAAAUACUUAUUUCCCUCACUUAUGUGUGUGUAAUGUAAUAUAUAUAUAUAUAUACACACACACACAGUGGGGAAAAAAACGUAUUUAGUCAGCCACCAAUUGUGCAAGUUCUCCAACUUAAAAAGAUGAGAGAGGCCUGUAAUUUUCAUCAUAGGUACACGUCAACUAUGACAGACAAAAUGAGGAAAUAAAAUCCAGAAAAUCACAUUGUAGGAUUUUUAAUGAAUUUAUUUGCAAAUUACAGUGGAAAAUAAGUAUUUGGUCAAUAACAAAAGUUUCUUAAUACUUUGUUAUAUACCCUUUGUUGGCAAUGACACAGGUCAAACGUUUUCUGUAAGUCUUCACAAGGUUUUCACACACUGUUGCUGGUAUUUUGGCCCAUUCCUCCAUGCAGAUCUCCUCUAGAGCAGUGAUGUUUUGGGGCUGUCGCUGGGCAACACAGACUUUCAACUCCCUCCAAAGAUUUUCAUACUUUGGUGCGAAAAGUGCAAAUCAAUCCCAGAACAACAGCAAAGGACCUUGUGAAGAUGCUGGAGGAAACGGGUACAAAAGUAUCUACUGUAUAUCCACAGUAAAACGAGUCCUAUAUCGACAUAACCUGAAAGGCCGCUCAGCAAGGAAGAAGCCACUGCUCCAAAACCGCCAUAAAAAAGCCAGACUACUGUUUACAACUGCAUAUGGGGACAAAGAUCAUACUUUUUGGAGAAAUGUCCUCUGGUCUGAUGAAACAAAAAUAGAACUGUUUUGCCAUAAUGACCAUGGUUAUGUUUGGUGGAAAAAGGGGGAUGCUUGAACACCAUCCCAACCGUGAAGCACGGGGGUGGCAGCAUCAUGCUGUGGGGGUGCUUUGCAGCAGGAGGGACUGGUGCACUUCACAAAAUAGAUGGCAUCAUGAGGAAGGAAAGUUAUGUGGAUAUAUUGUAGCAACAUGUCAGGAAGUUAAAGCUUGGUCGCAAAUGGGUCUUCCAAAUGGACAAUGACCCCAAGCAUUCUUCCAAAGUUGUGGCAAAAUGGCUUAAGGACAACAAAGUCAAGGUAUUGGAGUGGCCAUCACAAAGCCCUGACCUCAAUCCUAUAGGAAAUGUGUGGGCAGAACUGAAAAAGCGUGUGCAAGCAAGGAGGCCUACAAACCUGACUCAGUUACACCAGCUCUGUCAGGAGGAAUGGGCCAAAAUUCACCCAACUUAUUGUGGGAAGCUUGUGGAAGGCUACCCAAAACGUUUGACCCAAGUUAAACAAUUUAAAGGCAAUGCUACCAAAUACUAAUUGAGUGUAUGUAAACUUCUGACCCACUGGGAAUGUGAUGAAAUAAAUAAAAGCUGAAAUAAAUCAUUCAUUCUACUAUUAUUCUGACAUUUCACAUUCUUAAAAUAAAGUGGUUAUCCUAACUGACCUAAGACAGGGAAUUUUUACUAGGGUUAAAUGUCAGGAAUUGUGAAAAACUGAGUUUAAAUGUAUUUGGCUAAGGUGUAUGUAAACUUUAGACUUCAACUGUAUAUGUGUGUGUGUGUGUGUAUAUAUUUCUUUGACCACAUGACCUAAAAAUAUCUCAGGCUGAGUUUUUACCUAGUCAGUAAACAUGGUCAAGAAUAACUCUGGCCCUAUGCAUACCAGUGAAACCACACCACAGCACCUCAUUGACCUCUUACACUUCUGUGUAUCUGUUAAAGGAGUUUGGUGGUCAGCAUCAGCAGAGUGCGUCUGAUGACUUCCCAGCAGACAUGGACAGCAAGUAUGACUUCUCUGGAGCAGAAGGGAGCAGCGUGGACAGUGGGGAACACGUGGGGUCAGGGUUCAGGGAUGAGGGGGGCAUCUCAUCGGAGGGGACGGAGAGCGCAGACGGAGUGACCAGCGGGAAGUACAAUGACCAGGUCUCAGUAAAAUCCAAGCUGUUUGAGGGCUACAAGGACCCUAGCAGCCAGUUCUCAGGACAGAUCCGUUCCUACCGCUCCUAUCACCAGGACAGCUCGGGGGUUGGAGGCCUCACGGCUGAGGACAUGGAGAAGGCCAGGGAGGCCAAGAGGAACGAGAAACCACACAAACAAAUGGUACAUCUACACAUCUCAUCUCACUGUUACCUGUGACUCAGAGAUGUGCUGAGUGUGUAUGUUGUCUACCAUUGUGUUGUUGUUCUCUCUCUUUUGUAGCUCAGUGAAAGAGCACGAGAGAGAAAGGUACCAGUGACCCGGUUAGGGAGACUGGCCAAUUUUGGAGGUAAGGCUAUACAUUAUUUUGGUUUCUACUGUGCUCUGUCUUUUGAGUUUGGUACACAAAGUGCUACCAUUACAAAUGUCAAGUGUAUUAUGUUGUUUUUUAGGUGGGGAAAGUACUGAACAUUUUAUUGGCUCAGUAAGAUGUUGCUGUUGACUACAUUGCUAUGAGUGUUAAGAACUUGAUCCUCUUAACUUGGGAAUAUUGAUUUGGUGGCAUCAGCAUAAUGACAAAACUAGUGCUUUAUUUAAUCUUUGUUUCUUGCUUGAGCUCACCUUUGAUCUCCCUUUUCAUUUAAUCCAAACAUCAAAUCAAAUGUUAUUGGUCACAUACACGUGUUUAGCAGAUGUUAUUGCAGAUGUAGCGAAAUGCACAUUAAAGGAACAGCAUUAUACAACUGAUCAACACAAGCCAAACCUUCUCUCCUGCCAAAAAACGUUUAGUGGCCAUCAUUGCUGUAACCAGUGUCAAAAUUUACAAUUAGAGCCUGUAUUUUUUAACCCUCUUAUGUCAUUACAUAAAGUCAGACGCAUAAAUAUCAUAGCCCCAAAAUGUUUUGGGAGCAUGAUCUUUGUGCGUCUGUAACUUUCUCACUCAUCAUUAUUCACGAUUCAGUUUUGAUUAUCCGUAAUCAUGGUAGCAUCCACAUCAAUGUAGAAAUGUUCAGAAACAUUAUAUUCUCAUUUACCAUAAAAGUGUCUCCAAAAUGACACAAUACAUUAUUUACCAUUCAUUUCAUUUCAUUUCUAUUGGGCACAACCAAAAAAACUGAAAAUGCAUCAAACAAGUUUGUAGAGUCGCAGGCUUGAUGUAGUAAUUGAGUGCUAGGAAUAUGGAACCAAAUACUAAACUUUUUACUAAAUUUAACACACUAUAAGUGAAUUUGUCCAAAUACAUAUGACACUUUCAAAUGGGGGGACUAGACACAGUGCAUUCAUUUCUAAACAGUCAAACCGAUAUGUAUGAAUAUACCCUCAAAUAAAAGGUGAUGUUCUGUACUGUCACCUCAUAUAUAAAACAUUUAAUCUCAAAUCCAAAAUGCUGGAGUACAGAGCCAAAUUAAACGUUUUAGCUUCACUGGCCAAAUAAAUACGUAGGGGAGUGUAUAUUGGGAAAAUAUUGUUUUAGGGGGUGAAUCUUAUUUGGUUUUGUCAACCUGAUUAGAUACAAAAGUAAAUAAAUCAUUAAAAAUAUAAUAUAUUGGCUCAAAAUAAGUUGUAAUAAUAUAUUAAAUACAAAAUAAAUAGUAAUAGCAAGUUGAUUGUUAGAGGAAACCCUAAGGUGGGAUCAGCUGAUCGGUAGCGGCAAGGAGUUGAUGAGUGUGGUCCAAUUUUGUCUUUGCUGGAUGUUGUAAUUUUUUCCAGUUUAGAUUUUUGAUGUACCGAUUGGACACACCUUUAUUUUUACUAUUUUCUACAUUGUAGAAUAAUAGUGAAGACAUCAAAACUAUGAAAUAACACACAUGGAAUCAUGUAGUAACCAAAACAUAUUUUAUAUUUGAGAUUCUUCAAAUAGCCACCCUUUGCCUUGAUGACAGCUUUGCACACUCUUGGCAUCCUCUCAACCAGCUUCACCUGGAAUGCUUUUCCAACAGUCUUGAAGGAGUUCCCAAAUAUGCUGAACACUUGUUGGCUGCUUUUCCUUCACUCUGCCGUCCGACUCAUCCCAAACCAUCUCAAUUAGGUUGAGGUCGGGGGAUUGUGGAGGCCAGGUCAUCUGAUGAAGCACUCCAUCACUCUCCUUCUUGGUAAAAUAGCCCUUACACAGCCUGGAGGUGUGUUUGGUCAUUGUCCUGUUGAAAAACAAAUGAUAGUCCCACUAAGCCCAAACCAGAUGGGAUGGCGUAUCGCUGCAGCAUGCUGUGGUAGCCAUGCUGGUUAAGUGUACCUUGAAUUCUAAAGAAAUCGCAGACAGUGUCACCAGCAAAGCACCCCCACACCAUAACACCACCUCCUCCAUGCUUUACGGUGGGAAAUACACAUGCGGAGAUCAUCCGUUCACCCACACCGCGUCUCACAAAGACACGGCGGUUGGAACCAAACAUCUCCAAUUUGGACUCCAGACCAAAGGACACAUUUCCACCGGUCUAAUGUCCAUUGCUCGUGUUUCUUGGCCCAAGCAGGUCUCUUCUUAUUAUUGGUGUCCUUUAGUAGUGGUUUCUUUGCAGCAACUCGACCAUGAAGGUCUGAUUCACACAGUCCCCUCUGAACAGUUGAUGUUGAGAUGUGUCUGUUACUUGAACUCUGAAGCAUUUAUUUGGGCUGCAAUAUCUGAGGCUGGUAAUUCUAAUGAACUUAUCCUCUGCAGCAGAGGUAACUCUGGGUCUUCCAUUCCUGUGGCAGUCCUCAUGAGAGCCAGUUUCAUCAUAGCGCUUGAUGGUUUUUGCGACUGCACUUUAAGAAACUUUCAAAGUUCUUGACAUUUUCCGUAUUGACUGAGCUGCAUGUCUUAAAGUAAUGCUGGACUGUCGUUUCUCUUUGCUUAUUUGAGCUGUUCUUGCCAUAAUAUGGACUUGGUCUUUUACGAAAUAGGGGUAUCUUCUGUAUACACCCCCUACCUUGUCACAACACAACUGAUUGGCUAAAACACAUUAAGAAGGAAAGAAAUUCCACAAAUUAACUUUUAACAAGGCACACUUGUUAAUUGAAAUGCAUUCCAGGUGACUACCUCAUGAAGCUGGUUGAGAGAAUGCCAAGAGUGUGCAAAGCUGUCAUCAAGAAUGGUCUGAUGAUGAGACCUCUCCAAGAAGGCAGAGUGAUGGGGAGAUGUUAAUGUGGUGACCCAAGAGGGUGGAUAGUUUGUAUUGUUUCUUUCCAGAAAUGUAGGGUGGGUGGACAGAGCCAGGUGACGUGAAAGUAGUUGUCUAGAGUGUUGUGACGACAGUGUGAACAUAUAAUGGUGUCAAUGAAUCACAUUCUGUGCAUUUUAUGUUGAGUUAUAUAUGCUCUGUGCAUGAUCCUGUAGUGUAUAAGUUGUGGUUCAGGGUUGUUAGUGAGUUCUCCUCUGAGACCUGUCCUCUCCCCUCGACAGCCAAAGGGCCAGAUUGAGGCCUGGAGGUUAAUCUGCACUUUGACCAGUAAUAGGCCUGUAGGCCUGCAAAGCAGACUGCAGAUUAGCUACGUGGGAGUUCUUAACUAGUCUGCUAGUGGCCUGCCAGUCAGCUUCUGCCUCUUCAGAGAAACACAGAGAGAGACACCUCUCUACUCUUAUCAAUCUGACGUGUACUGCACUAGCUUAAAGCUCCUGUUUUCUCAGUGUGAAGAAUAUUUAUUUUCCUGGUUUUAGCAGUGUCUUAUGUUAUCACAGGCAGUUUUAUCUGGCUACCUGUAGAUACAGUAGAUGGAUGGAUGUGUUGAUAUGGUGUUGAGAAGAUCAAAUAUUGGUCACAUACACAUAUUUAGCAGAUUGUGUUGCGGGUGUAGCAAAAUGCUUGUGUUCCUAGCUCCAACAGUGCAGUAAUAUCUAACAGUACACAACAAUACACAACAAUACACACAAACCUAAAAGUAAAAGAGUGGGAUUAAGAAAUAUUAGGACAAGCAAUGUCGGAGUCCAGAAUAUAAAUAUAUACAGUGGGGGAAAAAAGUAUUUAGUCAGCCACCAAUUGUGCAAGUUCUCCCACUUAAAAAGAUGAGAGAGGCCUGUAAUUUUCAUCAUAGGUACAUGUCAACUAUGACAGACAAAAUGAGAAUUUUUUUUCCAGAAAAUCACAUUGUAGGAUUUUUAAUGAAUUUAUUUGCAAAUUAUGGUGGAAAAUAAGUAUUUGGUCAAUAACAAAAGUUUCUCAAUACUUUGUUAUAUACCCUUUGUUGGCAAUGACACAGGUCAAACGUUUUCUGUAAGUCUUCACAAGGUUUUCACACACUGUUGCUGGUAUUUUGGCCCAUUCCUCCAUGCAGAUCUCCUCUAGAGCAGUGAUGUUUUGGGGCUGUCGCUGGGCAACACAGACUUUCAACUCCCUCCAAAGAUUUUCUAUGGGGUUGAGAUCUGGAGACUGGCUAGGCCACUCCAGGACCUUGAAAUGCUUCUUACGAAGCCACUCCUUCGUUGCCCGGGCGGUGUGUUUGGGAUCAUUGUCAUGCUGAAAGACCUAGCCACGUUUCAUCUUCAAUGCCCUUGCUGAUGGAAGGAGGUUUUCACUCAAAAUCUCACGAUACAUGGCCCCAUUCAUUCUUUCCUUUACACGGAUCAGUCGUCCUGGUCCCUUUGCAGAAAAACAGCCCCAAAGCAUGAUGUUUCCACCCCCAUGCUUCACAGUAGGUAUGGUGUUCUUUGGAUGCAACUCAGCAUUCUUUGUCCUCCAAACACGACGAGUUGAGUUUUUACCAAAAAGUUAUAUUUUGGUUUCAUCUGACCAUAUGACAUUCUCCCAAUCCUCUUCUGGAUCAUCCAAAUGCACUCUAGCAAACUUCAGACGGGCCUGGACAUGUACUGGCUUAAGCAGGGGGACACGUCUGGCACUGCAGGAUUUGAGUCCCUGGCGGCGUAGUGUGUUACUGAUGGUAGGCUUUGUUACUUUGGUCCCAGCUCUCUGCAGGUCAUUCACUAGGUCCCCCCGUGUGGUUCUGGGAUUUUUGCUCACCGUUCUUGUGAUCAUUUUGACCCCACGGGGUGAGAUCUUGCGUGGAGCCCCAGAUUGAGGGAGAUUAUCAGUGGUCUUGUAUGUCUUCCAUUUCCUAAUAAUUGCUCCCACAGUUGAUUUCUUCAAACCAAGCUGCUUACCUAUUGCAGAUGCAGUCUUCCCAGCCUGGUGCAGGUCUACAAUUUUGUUUCUGGUGUCCUUUGACAGCUCUUUGGUCUUGGCCAUAGUGGAGUUUGGAGUGUGACUGUUUGAGGUUGUGGACAGGUGUCUUUUAUACUGAUAACAAGUUCAAACAGGUGCCAUUAAUACAGGUAACGAGUGGAGGACAGAGGAGCCUCUUAAAGAAGUUACAGGUCUGUGAGAGCCAGAAAUCUUGCUUGUUUGUAGGUGACCAAAUACUUAUUUCCACCAUCAUUUGCAAAUAAAUUCAUAAAAAAUCCUACAAUGUGAUUUUCUCAAUUUUAUUUCUUCUCAAUUUGUCAGUCAUAGUUGACGUGUACCUAUGAUGAAAAUUACAGGCCUCUCUCAUCUUUUUAAGUGGGAGAACUUGCACAAUUGGUGGCUGACUAAAUACUUUUUUCCCCCACUGUACAUACUGUCCAUAAUGUCUAUACAUUCCAUCACACACGUGUGUGUGUGUGUGUGUACAGUGCAUUCGGAAAGUAUUCAGACCCCUUCCCUUUUUCCAAAUGUUGUUACGUUACAGCCUUAUUCUAAAAUGGAUUCAAUAAAACAUUUUCCUCAUCAAUCUACACACAAUACCCCAUAAUGACAAAUCGAAAAUAAGUUUUUAGAAAAUGUUGCUGAUUUAUUAAAAAUACAAAAAAUAUACCUUAUUUACAUAAGUAUUCAGACCCUUUGCUAUGAGACUCGAAAAUGAGCUCCGGUGCAUCCUGUUUCCAUUGAUCAUCCUUGAGAUGUUUCUACAACUUGACUGGAGUCCAGCUGUGGAUGAUUGGACAUGAUUUGGAAAGGCACACACCUGUCUAUAUAAGGUCCCACAGUUGACAGUGCAUGUCAGAGCAAAGACCAAGCCAUGAGAUCGAAGGAAUUGUCCGUAGAGCUUCGAGACAGGAUUGUGUCGAGGAACAGAUCUGGGGAAGGGUACCAAACAUUUCUGCAGCAUUGAAGUUCCCCAAGAACAUAGUGGCCUCGAUCAUUCUUAAAUGGAAGAAGUUUAGAACCACCAAGACUCUUCCUAGAGCUGGCCGCCCGGCCAAAAUGAGCAAUCGGGGGAGAAGGGCCAUGGCCAGGGAGGUGACCAAGAACCCGAUGGUCACUCUGACAGAGCUCCUCUGUGGAGAUGGGAGAACCUUCCAGAAGGACAACCAUCUGCAGCACUCCACCAAUCAGGCCUUUAUGGUAGAGUGGCCAGAUGGAAGCCAAUCCUCAGUAAAAGGCACAUGACAGCCCGUUUGGAGUUUUCCAAAAAGCACCUAAAAGGACUAUUGUACCAUGAGAAACAAGAUUCUCUGGUCUGAUGAAACCAAGAUUGAACUCUUUGGCCUGAAUGCCAAGCGUCACGUCUGGAGGAAACCUGGCACCAUCCCGACGGUGAAGCAUGGUGAUGGCAGCAUCAUGCUGUGUGGAUGAUUUUCAGCGGCAGGGACUGGGAAACUAGUCAGGAUUGAGGGAAAGAUGAACGGUGCAAAGUACAGAGAGAUCCUUGAUGGGGGCGAAGGUUCACCUUGCAACAGGAUAACGACCCUAAGCACACAGCCAAGACAGCGCAGGAGUGGCUUCGGGACAAGUCUCUGAAUGUCCUUGAGUGGCCCAGCCAGAGCCCGGACUUGAACCCGAUCGAACAUCUCUGGAGAGACUUGAAAAUAGCUGUGCAGCGAUGCUACCCAUCCAACCUGACAGAGCUUGAGAGAAUCUGUAGAGAAGAAUGGUAGAAACUCUCCUAAUACAGGUGUGCCAAGCUUGUAGUGUAAUACCCAAGAAGACUUGAGGCUGUAAUCGCUGCCAAAGGUGCUUCAACAAAGUACUGAGUAAAGGGGUCUGAAGACUUAUGUAAAUGUGAUAUUUCAGUUGCAAACAUUUCUAAAAACCAUUGAGGUAUUGUGAUGAGGGGAUUUUUGUUUUGUUUUUAAUCCAUUUUAGAUUAAGGCUGUAAUGUAACAAAAUGUGGAAAAAGUAAAGGGUUCUGAAUACUUUCCGAAUGCAUUGUAUGUACAGUAUUCCAUCUACUAUAGCUGUAGAUGGGACGCAACGAUCUGUCUCAUGUAAGCACUAUGAUAUCUGAGCGUCCCACCUCAUCACCUUGCCCUGGGCCUGUGACUGUGUGAACAGGAGGAGGACAGAACACUAUAGCUGUAGGCGGCAGAAGCUGAAGGAGUCAGAGCUCAUGUCAUGAUAAAGGUAGGUAGAGGGAUUAAUGUGAGCAGCAUCUCUAGCCGAUAUCCUGGCCUGGGUACAUCUGUCUCUGGGAUAUGGACUGACAGCUGGCCCUGGCCUGCCCCGUUCUGGGUCAUCCAUCUCUCUGCCAGCAUGCUGCACAUUUUGUGGCUGUUUGGGAGGUUAUCAGAUCCACACAGCGAGCCGAUACACAAGUGAGAGGAAAGCCACUCAGGAGCACCUGUUCACUCUGGGUCCAUACAUGGCCCUGACACCUUCUGUAUACAUUACAGGGCCAGCUCCGGCAUUCAGGGCACCACACUACCAGAGGCAUCAUGGGAGGUUGUGGGGCGGGGCAGGUCUCGGAGAGGGAUCUGCUGGAUCACUCCAUCAUUCAGCUGGAAAUCAGGGUUGCCAGGUUUGGGGGCAUUUGAGUGAUGUGGGUCUCAAUAGACGGACACCUGUCAGUCCAGCACUCUGGAGCCUUAUUGGUCUGCUCUCCCUCCCCAACAUGGCUCAGGGGGAUACCUGGUAGGCUGGCAACCCAGCCCAUGGCCCACUCCUCCAGGGCUAAAUUGCUAUACUGUCCCCCGAGGACUGAUCAUCAACUGGUCUCACGUUGAGGUAGAGUUGCUGAUAGGCUAUCCAGUUCCUGAUGUCUGUUUAGUCUGUUUACAUUUACAUCAUUUACCAAAAGCUCUUAUCCAGAGCGACUUACAAAUUGGUGCAUUCAACUUAUGAUAGCCAGUGGGACGACCACUUUUUUAUUCUCUUUUUUUUUUAUGGGGGGUAGAAGGAUUACUUUAUACUAUUCCAGGUAUUCCUUAAAGAGGUAGGGUUUCAAGUGUCUCCGGAAGGUGGUCAGUGACUCCGCUGUCGUGGGGGAGCUUGUUCCACCAUUGGGGUGCCAGAGCAGCGAAUAGCUUUGACUGGGCUGAGCGGGAACUGUGCUUCCGUAGAGGUAGGGGAGCUAGCAGGCCAGAGGUGGAUGAAAGUAGUGCCCUCGUUUGGGUGUAGGGUCUGAUCAGAGCCUGAAGGUAAGGAGGUGCCGUUCCCCUCUCAGCUCCGUAGGCAAGCACCAUGGUCUUGUAGUAGAUGCGAGCCUCAACUGGAAGCCAGUGGAGUGUGCGGAGGAGCGGGGUGACAUGAGAGAACUUGGGAAAGUUGAACACCAGACGGGCUGCAGCGUUCUGGAUAAGUUGUAGGGGUUUAAUGGCACAGGCAGGGAGCCCAGCCAACAGCGAGUUGCAGUAAUCCAGACGGGAGAUGACAAGUGCCUGGAUUAGGACCUGUGCCGCUUUCUGUGUAAGGUAGGGUCGUACUCUGCGAAUGUUGUAGAGCAUGAACCUGCAGGAUCGGGUCACCGCUUUGAUGUUAGCGGAGAACGACAGGGUGUUGUCCAGGGUCACGCCAAGGUUCUUUGCACUCUGGGAGGAGGACACAAUGGAGUUGUCAACCGUGAUGGCGAGAUCAUGGAGCGGGCAGUCCUUCCCCGGGAGGAAGAGCAGCUCCGUCUUGCCGAGGUUCAGCUUGAGGUGGUGAGCCGACAUCCACACUGAUAUGUCUGCCAGACAUGCAGAGAUGCUUUUCGCCACCUGGUUAUCAGAAGUGGGAAAGGAGAAAAUUAAUUGUGUGUCGUCUGUGUAGCAAUGAUAGGAGAGACCAUAUGACAGAGCCAAGUGACUUGGUGUAUAGAGAGAAUAGGAGAGGGCCUAGAACUGAGCCCUGGGGGACACCAGUGGUGAGAGCACAUGGUGCGGAGACAGAUUCUCGCCACGCCACCUGGUAGGAGCGACCUGUCAGGUAGGACGCAAUCCAAGAGUGAGCAGCGCCGGAGAUGCCCAACUCGGAGAGGGUGGAGAGGAGGAUCUGAUGGUUCACUGUAUCAAAGGCAGCGGAUAGGUCUAGAAGGAUAAGAGGAGAGAGAGUUAGCUUUAGCAGUGCGGAGAGCAUCCGUGACACAGAGAAGAGCAGUCUCAGUUGAAUGACCAGUCUUGAAACCUGACUGGUCUGGUUUGGUUUGGCCGCAGAACGGCAGUUCCAGAGGCUCCCAGAGACCUGGAACUCCACGUGGAUCGUGCGUGCAGGGACCACCAGAUUAGAGUGGCAACAGCCACGUGGUGUGAAGCGUUUGUAUGGCUUGUGCAGAGAGGAGAGAACAGGGAUAGACAGACACAUAGUUGACAGGCUACAGAAAAAGGCUACAAUAAUGCAAAGGAGAUCGCAAUGAAAUGAACUAAACAUCUGGGAAAGCGAGAGAGCGGGGCCUCCCUCACUUACGUUUCACUGAAACACUCAAAUAUAACUCUCCCAACUUCCACUUUAGAAAUUAUAAUUGUUGUAAACUACAGUGGUUCAAUGUUUUCUAGGAAUAGACUAUAACUUAGUUUAUUCAGCUAGCUAACUUGGUACAGUAUUCUUCCGUGAAAACCGUCCAGGGCACCGAAUCCUAUGACGCCAUAGCCAACUAGCAUGCCAGCCUCCAAUAACACGGUUUAGCACCAAUACUCGGUUACAACAAACCACCAGUGUGUUAACACGCCAAGCAGAUCAUUCGUGUCCGUGUCUAACGUUGUGUGAAGUUUUGGGUUAGUUUUGACAGUUUGAGUGAGUCAACUUAUUCAGUCAACUUAUUCAGCCAGUUAGUUAGCUAGAAUAGUUAGCAUACUACCUAGCGAUUGCUCUCUGCCAACGAACCAAACCCUCCUCCCACGGCACGAACACACAGAGUGUACCAAUGCGAGAGAACACCAAGCCAUGCAGGUUUCCUGUUCUGUUCUCUCCUGGUUGUUAUUGUGAAUUGGAACAUGGAUACAUAAAUUAACACCAUGCUCUCUUUCAGUUCCCUUAGACAGGUACACAUAAUGCUUCAGGAAACACUACGAAUGGAUGCUUCCAUGGAGAGAUUGUUGUCUUACCAUGGAAGUUAGAAGGAUGUUUAGAAGUUGUCUGACCGGUUGUCUUUUUAUGAAACCCCCAGCCCCCGCUGUUAUUGUCAUGUCCUAAACAAGCCAUCUAUUUUUCGCCAUAAACACAACUUUCUAUUUCUGUAAGGUGAUCAGGGUGAGUUUUCAGCUUGGCAGUAUGACUGUGCCAGGAGCUGACGGCGCCACUCAGUGUCACCCCUUUGAACUUCUGCAGGAUUCUUUGACUUGACUGACAGAAGGACUUUGCUCAACUUCCUGAGCAGUAGCUGACUGACUGAAUGCUGUUUACCAAGAAAGGAGAAAUACUGAGGGGGUCAAUGGGUGUAAACAAGAUAUCCUCAUAUCAUGGUGAAGCUUUCUGAAUGUGUUGUUGCUUUGGCUUGGAUUUAUUUAGAGGGCAACAUAACGUUAGUGAAGAAAUCAGUUACUGAACAUAUUUCAGAGUAAAAAUUAUCUAAAGCCAAAUUUGAUUGAUUUAGUAUAUAUAUAUAUAUAUUAGGGCUGUCAAAAAUAGCGCGUUAACGACGUUAAUUAGUUGUUUGCUGUUAAUUACGUCAAUUUUUUUAACGCAUUUCACGCAUGCGCAGUGUGACAAAUUAUUCAGGUCAGGAAAGUGGUUGGGAGCUAGAGGCGAGAUGGAGCAAGGUGAGCAAAGUGGGCCUAUUGACGGAUUCAAAUAUAAAAAGAAUGAUGAUGGUACAGUUAACAAGUACAAGGUUAUUUGCAAGAUUUGUAAGAAGGAGUUUCAAUUUCACCGGAGCUGUUCAAGCUUGAAGUACCAUGUCAACGCCAAACAUGCGUUUGCUGGGCCGUCAGAUUCAGCAAGUGGUUUGCGCCAGACCACGCUGAAUGUUUGCAGGCAAUUAACAAAAUCAACCUCAGAUAAUUUGACCAACACAAUAGCAAAAUGGAUUGCAAAGGAUUGUAGACCCAUUAGCAUUGUAGAAGACUCAGGUUUCCUUGAUGUUUUGCAAGUGGCGUCUCAAGACUCAUUCUAUAAGCCACCGUCAAGAGCCACAGCCAAAGACAAAUAUUAUGGUGUGUAGUAUGUUUCAGCUUGAUUUAAAACACCAUUAUUUGGCUGUGUUAAUAAACAGACAUAAUAUGAAAAUUAUGUAUCUGUGUCCUGUUAUUUAUCUUUUGGUAUGCAUUUCAGAAAAAAAAUGGUUAGGAUUCAGGUGUAAUUGCAAAUAGUGAUUAAUCAUGAUUAAUCCACUGAAAAUUCUGAUUAAUUUGAUUAAAAAUUUUAAUCAUUUGACAGCCCUAAUAUAUAUAUAUAUAUAUAUAUAUAUGCACACUUAGGGAUCUCUGCAGUGUAGGAAGUGCUACUCAAUCAUUGACGAGAUUACACACUACCCACACUGGUGUUUGGGAGCACAGGUAUGAUUGGUUGACUGUCUGAUAAGACUUUUUAAUCAUUGGCAUGAUAUGACCUAGAAUUCUGCCUUACAAAGGGGAAAAGACUGGGCUUGUUUUGGAUACCUAUCGAAGGUCACUGGUUCAAAUGGUGCACGCACUUCAGCUUGUCGACCACAUUAAGUUAACAGCAUUUCAGGGAAGUCCUCAGCUGGUUUGUGCACAGUGAUUUCUUAUGGAGAAUAUUAUGUUAUAGUGGCGUUAUAUAACAUGGCUCUGUCGUAGCCGGCCGCGACCGGGAGACCCAUGGGGCGGCGCACAAUUGGCCCAGCGUCGUCCAGGGUAGGGGAGGGAAUGGCCGGCAGGGAUGUAGCUAAGUUGGUAGAGCAUGGUGUAUGCAACGCCAGGGUUGUGGGUUCGUUUCCCACGGGGGGCCAGUAUGAAAAAAAUAAUGUAUGUACUCACUAACUGUACGUUGCUCUGGAUAAGAGCGUCUGCUAAAUGACUAAAAUGUAAUGCUAUUGUAGUGUAGGAAGGCUGUCCUGCCUCGCCUGUGCCCAAGCUUGUUUUUGUUUCUGUGCCAUGUGGGUUGUGGCACAAAAUGUGCUGAGCUCAGCGCUAUUGAUUUUGUUAUUUUGGUUGCAUUACUUGGAUAACAUUUACAUGGCAUGGAAUGAGCUAGUUAGCUGUGAUUUUCAUUCUGUGCUGUAGAUAUGGAUGUCCCCCGUAUUCUCAGAACAGUGACACAUUCUUUUUCUGUGCCCAAAUUCCUACUUGCUUAUUGACUAGAAAGUAGAGAACUAUGUCAGAAUGAAUCCCAAAGGGAUUUAGUGUUGUAACUGCUGUCCUGUUCCUUCAUGGACAUCGACUCAGUACUGGUACCCUGUGUGUAUAGCCAAGUUAUCAUUACUUAUUGUGUAUUUAUUAUUACUUUUAUUAUUGUGUGUUUUACUUUUCUAUUAUUUCUCUAUUUUCUUUCUCUCUGCGUUGUUGAGAAGGGCCUGUAAGUAAGCAUUUCACUCUUAGUCUACACCUGUUGUUUACAAAGCAUGUGACAAAUAAAAUGUGAUUUGAUUCUAGAUGUACUAUCCAAAGAGAAAAAGGGUGAUUUAUUUAAUAGGCAACCGUUAUAGAAAAAGGUAAAAUAAUCACUGACACAAAAUACCUUCUACAUAUUUUUUUAUACUAUACUUAUGUUAAUUUCUUAAGAUAACAUCUGUAUGUAGCUGAAAGACUGAACUGAAUUCAAUCUGUGUCUUAAAUAGACUAGAGUGGCAUAAGUGAAUGUCCCUAGAGCUACCAGGAACUGAUUUGACCUGACUGAUGUAUCAUGGGGAAGUAAAAGGCUGUGGGAAGCAAAUUACAUGUGUACCUGGGAUGUUCUGUACAAUAUAUGGAAAAGAAAAUGUAAAUAUCAAAAGUUUGUUUGCUUUCAGGAGUGCACUAUAAUCUGAAUGUUGCAGAUUGAAAUGCCAUAUAUUAGGGUGUCUACCACUCUGCCCAGAGUGGGUGAAAAUGCGCUUUGAUUAUGACAUUUUACUUCCUUAUGUUAUACAAUACAUUUUACCAAGACAAAUAUGAUUAUUCAUGUUCUGAAUUGUUCAGUGGGGUCAUUCUCUAACAUAUCAUUAACAUUAUAUCAAAACAGUCAGAUUUCGUAAACUAAUACAUCCGAUAAUAAGCACCGAGCUCUAUUGACAUAGCGGUGCAGGUUUCCGUAAAAACUUUUAAGGAUUUACAUUUUGUGGUCGUCGUCUUAAAAGUUGUUUCUGCUGGUCGUAAAAUUAGCAUGACACGAGCUGAAUUACAUGUAAAAGGCUUUGAAAAGAAAAAGCUUGGUAUACGCUCAGUGCUCCAUUGACAUUUCACAGAUACGCUUGUUUUUGUGAGGAAUCUUCUAAAAAGAACAGGAAUUUCGAAUUCAUAUGAAAACCGUAUACUAAAAUAUGAAAAUACUACAUGUUAUGUCUCGAUAUCCAUCUUUCCUCUAUUGUUUUAUGUCCUUCGUAUUCAAGUAGAAAGAUGACGAGUUCAAUGGGGACAGUGAGCAUGUCAAGUAGCCAGUAUCCUUAUUCUUGCACAGAAUCCAGCCUAGCUGGCGCUAUGUAAUUUUCCAGAUUAUUGGCCACUUUUUAUUUAUUUUUUAUCUAGCCUUUUUUUAUUUGGUCACCCUAAUUCUGGCCAUCCUACAAGGGUAAAAACUGCAAUAACGUUUACAGUGAGGGGAAAAAAGUAUUUGAUCCCCUGCUGAUUUUGUAUGUUUGCCCACUGACAAAAAUGAUCAGUCCUCUGUAGCUCAGCUGGUAGAGCACGGCGCUUGUAACGCCAAGGUAGUGGGUUCGAUCCCCGGGACCACCCAUACACAAAAAAAAAAUGUAUGCACGCACGACUGUAAGUCGCUUUGGAUAAAAGCGUCUGCUAAAUGGCUUAUUAUUAUUAUUAUUAUUAUUAUUAUUAUUAUUAUUAACAGUGAAAGACAGAAUAACAACAAAAAAAAUCCAGAAAAACGCAUGUCAAAAAUGUUGUUAUAAAUUGAUUUGCAUUUUAAUGAGGGAAAUAAGUAUUUGACCCCUCUGCAAAACAUGAUUUUGUACUUGGUGGCAAAACCCUUGUUGUCAAUCACAGAGGUCAGACGUUUCUUGUAGUUGGCCACCAAGUUUGCACACAUCUCAGGAGGGAUUUUGUCCCACUCCUCUUUGCAGAUCUUCUCCAAGUCAUUAAGGUUUUGAGGCUGACGUUUGGCAACUCAAACCUUCAGCUCCCUCCACAGAUUUUCUAUGGGAUUAAGGUCUGGAGACUGGCUAGGCCACUCCAGGACCUUAAUGUGCUUCUUCUUGAGCCACUCCUUUGUUGCCUUGGCCGUGUGUUUUGGGUCAUUGUCAUGCUGGAAUACCCAUCUACGACCCAUUUUCAAUGCCCUGGCUGAGGGAAGGAGGUUCUCACCCGAGAUUUGACAGUACAUGGCCCCGUUCAUCGUCCCUUUGAUGCGGUGAAGUUGUCCUGUCACCUUAGCAGAAAAACACCCCCAAAGCAUAAUGUUUCCACCUCCAUGUUUGAUGGUGGGGAUGUUCUUGGGGUCAUAGGCAGCAUUCCUCCUCCUCCAAACACGGCGAGUUGAGUUGAUGGUCUCAUCUGACCACAACACUUUCACCCAGUUCUCCUCUGAAUCAUUCAGAUGUUCAUUGGCAAACUUCAGAUGGGCAUGUAUAUGUGCUUUCUUGAGCAGGGGGACCUUGCGGGCGCUGCAGGAUUUCAGUCCUUCACGGCGUAGUGUGUUACCAAUUGUUUUCUUGGUGACUAUGGUCCCAGCUGACUUGAGAUCAUUGACAAGAUCCUCCCGUGUAGUUCUGCGCUGAUUCCUCACUGUUCUCAUGGUCAUUGCAACUCCACGAGGUGAGGUCUUGCAUGGAGCCCCAGGCCGAGGGAGAUUUGACAGUUUUCUUUGUGUUUCUUCCAGUUGCGAAUAAUCGCACCAACUGUUGUCACCUCACCAAGCUGCUUGGCGAUGGUCUUGUAGCCCAUUCCAGCCUUGUGUAGGUCUACAAUAUUGUCCCUGACAUCCUUGGAGAGCUCUUUGGUCUUGGCCAUGGUGGAGAGUUUGGAAUCUGAUUAAUUGAUUGCUUCUGUGGACAGUUGUCUUUUAUACAGGUACCAAACUGAGAUUAGGAGCACUCCCUUUAAGAGUGUGCUACUAAUCUCAGCUCAUUAUCUGUAUAAAAGACACCUGGGUGCCAGAAAUCUUUCUGAUUGAGAGGGGGUCAAAUACUUAUUUCCCUCAUUAAAAUGCAAAUCAAUUUAUAACAUUUUUGACAUGCGUUUUUCUGGAUUUUGUUGUUGUUAUUCUGUCUCUCACUGUUCAAAUAAACCUACCAUUAAAAUUAUAUACUGAUCAUUUCUUUGUCAGUGGGCAAAUUUACAAAAUCAGCAGAGGAUGAAAUACUUUUUUCCUUCACUGUAAAGGGAUAAUGACAGAUGUACGGUUUGGACCAUUGGUUUUCUUAGAGGAUUAUCUACACAAUUAACAUUAUUUUACCCAUUGGUCAAAAUAUGCCUUUUUGAUUGGACACCCUACAUAUAUAGAGCUGAUAUGAUUCCUAAAGCUACAUGACCGAGAACCAUGUCUGUUCUACACAAGAUAUUUCUAUCUGAACUUUCCGUAACAUUGCACCCUACUGAAUGACCCAGAUCUUAACAUCAUGUUAUGUCAGGAUGGGUUGUUGUGUGAUGGUUUACACUGUGGGUUGUGUCUACAGGUCUUGCUUUAGGGUUGGGCUUCGGAGCGCUGGCGGAGGUAGCCAAGAAGAGUAUGAGGCCAAGUGAGGAAAACGGUAACUGUUUAACAUAAACUGUUUUUUAUGGUAACUGGAAACAGACUUAUGUUUGACAUUACGUGUACAAGCAUGCACACUCACAUACUAGACACUUAGCCAGCAGUAACAUGCAGGCAAUGCCCCUUUUUGACAUUUCUCACAUUAUUUAAUUCAUCUAAGAAUUACAUUGUAACCUUUUUUAAUUUGCAUGCAAUGGACGAGGGCAUGAUAUGAUUUCACCUAAACAGACAUGCAGAGGCAUAAUAAUUCAUAUCAUAAUUCAUUGUAGUUGAACACUCUAGGCUAUAGUUCUUAGACUCUACUGUAGUUGGGCUCAGUUGAUGAGUGUGGUCUUAGCUCUUACAAAAGACCCUUAAUGAAACUGUGAUGAUAUUACACAAGGCUUUUAUGAAAUGGUGUUCUAUCUUACACAAGGCCUUAUGGAACUCACAGUGGACAGGUGUGGUCUCCAGCAGUCUUUAACGCCUGGGCCUGCAGCUGUCGGGGGAAGAAUUGGAGCGGGCCAUUUAUUGAGCUGACCUUUCUAGCCCACUCUUAAAUUAGUCUGCUGCCAUGCCACUGCUGGACCUCUGGAGGUGGUGUGGCAGUCUAAUCUAGUGCAGGGGAGAUGGACAUUUAUAGAGCCAUUCACAGAGCCAAUGAGUAUGGUUACAUGCACGUAAUAAUGCGAUUAUUGUGGAUAGUCAGAUUUAAUAUAAUAGUUUGAUUAAAACGUUAACAUGCUUUGCAAGAAGAACGAUUUCCCUAAUAAUCCUGUUUACAUGGACACAUCUGAAAUCCGGCUACCUGAUGGCACUCUGAUAAAGGCAGAAAAUCGGCAAUCAAAAUAAAUGUUCUACUACAGCGACCAUGUUAUUUUUGGGAAGCAUGUUUGAUUCUGAGUUCAGACAUAUAAAGUUUCAAUGUCAAAACGACUUCUAAAAUGCAUACAUUCAGUUGUUCUGAACUCACUUCACUCGCGCUAAAGAGAGAGGCUUGCUCUGCUGGUGCUAGCACAUGCGCUGGUCAAAUACACCGCUGGAAUGCUGGCUAAGGUAUUUACAUGUCCUAAUAAUUUGAAAGAUUGCUCAGAAAACCAGGUUUUAAUCGGUGUACGCUUACUUCGAUUUUGACCUUCCACCAAUUAAGAUAAGCAGAGUAAGGUGUUUAUAUGACUAUUGCAUAAUCUGCCUACUGCCAUAAUAAUUGUAAUAUUGAAUUAUUACUGUGCAUGUAAACGUACUCACUGAGUGCAUUUCCAUGCACACUAAUCAUUUCGAUAUUAAAUGUAUUAUGGCAGUAGGCAAAUUAUGGACAUAGUCAUGUAAACACCUUACUCUGCUUAUCUUAAUUGGUGGAAGGUCAAAAUCGAAGUAAGCGUACACUGCUCAGAAAACCAGGUUUUAAAUCGAUCUUUCAAAUUAUUAGGACAUGUAAAUACCUUAGCCAGCAUUCCAGUGGUGUAUUUGAUCUGCGCAUGUGCCAGCACCGGUAGUGCAAGCCUCCCUCUUAUGCGCGAGUGAAAUGAAUAGUAUGCAUCUUAGAAAUAGUUUUCACAUGCAAAUUUGUCCAAACUCCAAAUCAAAUAGGCUUUGCAAAAAUAACAUGAUUGGCAAUGUUCUGCAUUUAUCAAAAGUCUCAUCAGGUAGCCUGAUUUCAGAUGUGUCCAUGUAAACAGGAUUAUUAGGGAAGUCGUUCUUCUUGCAAAGCAUGUAAACGUUUUAAACAUACUAUUAUAUUAGUCUGACUAUCAACAAUAAUCAUAUUAUUGUGUGCAUGUAACCAUACUCAGUCUCCUUAAUACCCUGGAAGUACAUUGAAUCUAGGGCUUUGAAUGGAGAUCAAAAUUUAAUCCAAGGUUUUAUCUAUUAGAAAUGAUCAAUCCGAGAUGGUAUUCAAAUACACAUUCAUUCUCAAAUAUGCACAAUUUCUGCACAAUACCGAGUGCGUAUGUAGUGGUAGAGUAUGUAGUGGUUUGUCAUCAGAGCAGAUAAGAAAAAAAAUCUUGAUCUACUGUGGGGGACUUUGAUCUACACUUUUUCCAGUGCACUGCUCUCUAACGUUAUGGUAAUGAAGAACGCUCUGGGGGAAACAGUAGCAGUAGUGUGCCUAAGGUAACAGUCCUUUUUAAAUCUUCUUCUGCUCCUAAAGCCUUAGUACGCACUACUCUUGCUAUUGAUGGCACAGUGUGGCCCACUGACACACAUUCUCCCCUUCACUCCACCUGGGUUGCCUGGCAGGCGUGCCUCUCUCUCCCUGCUUGAGGGCAUCAAACCAGACAGACUGGUUCUGCUACACAAAGCACUGCCUAGAGCGGGAAGAUUUUUUUUGCCAGAUUUUUAUUUAAAUCAGUUGGUUUAUGAAAAUGCCUGGUUUUCUAUAAUUUAAUAUGUUACAUCGUACAAGCUGAUACAAUAACAGAAUAUGGACUAAACAAACUGUACAGUACUGUCAGGAAAGACAUUCACACUUCAGGUCUCAGCAGUCUUCUAGUAAACACGUUUUAGUUGUCUCUCUCUCUCUUGAUGGGAAUGGGGUGCUCUGGACAGGGUGUGAGGAAGAGCGCUGGUGUUGUCUACCAUGUGUUGAGUGUAUCAAUAGCGUGGAAGUGACACAUCUCUCACCACAUUAGGCCUUCUCCUCCUCAGUCAGGAAUCACCACUGGUUUGAAUAAAUAGGCGGCCACUUUUACCUCAAAAGAUCCCAAAACGAGUUGCCGUUAGAUGCUAUUUAUUAAAGCGUUAUCUCCCUUAAGCCAUACCUGCACUACCUAUCCACUAAACCCAUGAGUCAACAUUAGUUUGAGUCUCACCAGGAAAAUCACUACAACUACAUUUCCCAUGCCAACCUCAGAGUUUAGCAUAGAGCUGACUGUUAUUUCUCCCCUCAGCUGACAAGAAGGCCGUUCUAGACUCCAGUCCGUUCCUGUCAGAGGCUAAUGCAGAGAGGAUCGUCAGGACACUGUGUAAGGUCCGCGGAGCCGCACUCAAACUGGGCCAGAUGCUCAGCAUUCAAGGUGAGAACUGGCUAACCUUGAUCCUGUGUGUGUUUUUAUUUGUGUCUUGGCCGUUCCCUCUGUUUACUGCCCUCUUCAGCUGUGUCUACUGUGCUGCAGUAUGUGUCAGGGCACUCAUGAGUCAUCUUCAUAACCUCCACUGGGCCUCCCUCCAGCCUCUGUAGAUGAGUGUGUGAAGGAGCCAGGAGUUAUUUCUGGCCUCUCCCACCUCACCGGCAUCUAUCUAUUCAUGCAUCUCCCAGUUCACCACAUCUCCAGUCAGGUCACAACAACACACAGCACUUAUUUUAGCCUGGCUGGACCCUGCUGUGUUGCCCUUGUCAUUGCCUUUUAACUGGCCUCCUAGCUUGCCAGCUUGUCUAUCUGGGCUGGUUGUUUGUGUUUGGGAAUGUGAGUGGGGUUCUGAUUUAAAAAUAGCAAGCGCUCUAUCGACUCAUGUUGCCCCCUGCACACAGCCUUGCCCGCCCUUCUGAGUGUUGGCACGCAAAGCGGUAACCUCUCUCAUAGCACUCCCUGGCGCUGAGUCAGAGAUUAGUGCUCUGUCUAAGUUUGGCAAGCAGGUACAGCUUUAGAGGGAAGCUUACCCAUCGAGCCCCUAAUUUAAUUAGUAGCUACCCAACCAAGCCCCACCUAUAGGUCUGUAUGGUCAUUGUAAUGUGUAGGAUAUAGGGGAGAAAGGGUUCCCAACUGCUGCAGCUAGCUGGUGAACUAUGUCACAGACCCAGCAUAAGAUUAAUGCAACUCAAUGCACAGGGCACUGGCAUUCUCCCGCCAUUCCCAUGUCAGUUGUGUGACACGUACCAAAUGUACUAUUGAAGGACAGCAACAGCCAAGGCAUUGCCAGGGCUAAAAAUAAGCCACCAACUAUGUCAGAACUGCAACCUUUGAGUUUGACGUGUCCGGCCUCUGCCAAAGCUCCAUAAUCGCUGCAUGUUAGAAAACCGCAUAUAUUUCCCUAUGUAAACUGAUAGAGGUGACUAGGCUAAUGUCCUUUGUUCUAAAAGGUGUUGCAUGAUUUUAGAUAAAACUGGUUUUCAAACUGGCUUGGUAUUCUAGGAAGGUGUUGCAUAUCAAUGGCCGUCUAAUCAUAACAGAAAAACGUGUCUCUUCAGCAUUCCUCAGACAAGUUAUGAUAAACAUCCAUGAUGAUAUUUACAGUAAGUCAUAGGUCAAAUCACAAUUACUUCGGUUGAUCCCUCCAUUAUUAAGUGCAGCCAAUGCUUAAAUGAGAGAAGUCAUUCUCAGGUCAGAAAACAGGCCGACAGAUGUGAUUUAGAGAAUAGGUGAGUGUUCUGCCUAACUAAAUACUAAAGUCACCCUCACUCACAAUCAGCCAGGUCUGGCAGGAAUCUAUACCCUAUCAGUAUCAGAAAGCAAAGACCUCACGUCCCCUCUGACUACCGUGUUUUGGGUUCUAUUUCAUCUGUGUUUGCUGUCAUUCUCCUCCACUACCUUUUUCCACUUGUUGUCGGAAUGUUGACACGGUUGUAGAUCCUUCCAACAAUGUUCUGCAGCCCAGCUCCCACCACGUUGUUUUGGUUAACAUGCACAGUCAUCGUUGUUGCUAUAAAACAUCUGAGGGACCUUUUUAAGGCACUGCCAGCUAAAGCUAUGUGAAAGUUGUUGCUGUGCGAAAUAUGUUAGCCUCCCAGAGACAUUUAGUGAACACUGGCGAGGACUUGUGAUAAUCUCUGUGAUUUAACUGUUUACUGUGAUGAUCUCUGUCUAAAUGCCCAGAGGCACCAAGGUUUUAAAGAUGAUUUAUAGACCUGUGAUUGUUCAUUUAUUACUCAACAUGUUGGAGUUGAACUGAACAGGAUACUGUGAUUAAGACCUGUAAUUUCCUUUCCCGUAUUGGUGCAUCGCGUAAUAAACAGGUUGACAGACAGGAACAAGAUGGCUUGUCUUUCAUGUUUUGUUCUGACUGUUGUAUGUCAGUCUGAUUUGAUCAGUCAUUCACUUUCAUCUCUCUCCUCUGUCCUUCUCCUUCAGAUGAUGCCUUCAUCAACCCCCAGCUGGCCAAGAUCUUUGAGCGUGUGAGACAGAGUGCAGACUUCAUGCCCAUCAAACAGAUGACGGUAAGGUUUCACCUUUAAUAGCCUGCUCUUAAGUCCCCUCAUCACUAGCCCUUUAGCCUCUUGCUAUAAAGAGGGACUAGUACUAGAAAACAAAUUAGUAUCAAGCUGCUCUCUGAAUCAUUAAUACGUCAGUCAGUAAGACAAUAAAGUGAAAAACGGAUUAUGAUCAGAUCUGUUGAACCCGUCUUUUAAUGAGGUACCAUAACUGAAGACUAAUGCCCAUCUCAGUGACAGACAAACCAAUGGCAACUCCCUCAACAGUGUAUGUGUGGUUGUGUCCCUGUCCCUGCAGAAGUCCAUCAAUAACGACCUGGGCCCUAACUGGAGAGACAAGCUGGAGUCGUUUGAGGAACGUCCGUUUGCUGCGGCCUCCAUCGGACAGGUUCAUCUAGCUAAGAUGAAGAACGGCAAGGAGGUGGCCAUGAAGAUCCAGGUGAGAUGGAGAAACCUGCUGCUGCUUAUUCUGGAGUUGCAGAUAGAAAUAUAAGGAAUAGAGCUGACAUGAUUCCCUACUCUAUAUGACAGACUAUCUUUUAGAAACAAUACAUUUAUAUCUGAACGUUCUGUAACGCACCCUCCUAAAUAAUCCCCUGGUAGAAGUACGAGUUCACAUUAACGCACACAGUAUAGGCUUUCUACAACCUCCUGUCUUCAUUAAAGGCAUCUUGCAUCGUCACAUUGUGAAAGUCCACAGUGUAGAGAUGACAGAUGUUGAAUGUCAGCAGUGACCACCAGCAUUGUCUCUGCAAUCUGAUUUGCUUUUCUGCUGUUCUCAUGGCUGCAUUUAAGGCAGUGCUCGUCUUUUCAAGAAGAAAUAAAACAAGUCUGUCGUUUUUUUUUAUUUUAUUCAUGACCUUUUAAGCACAUGGGAAUCGUAUGUGUCAACUCAGUAUUGUUUAUCUUAAAUUAUCUUAGAGUAAGCUUCCCACAUGUUCACCAGUCGAAAGACCUACAGCAUGGAAAGCAUGUUUGUUGUCAUAAACUGUAUAGGUUUUAUCUCAAAUUGUAUAUAGACAUGGCUCUUAGUGCUAAGUGCUCCAUUAGCAUUUCCCAUAUACAAUAUCAUGGCAGUGUUUUGUUUUCACGUCAGAGCUUGUCAUCAGGGCUGGUUUGUGUCAAACUGGUAAACAUGGUUGUUUUAUCAUGCUGUUACUCCUGCUCUGUUUGUCCCAUGCAGUACCCCGGAGUGGCUAAGAGCAUCGACAGUGACGUCAACAACCUGAUGACCCUCCUCACCAUGAGCAACGCGCUGCCUGAAGGUGACGACCCCUGGAGGGAUUGAAUUAGUUAUUUAUGGGCCAUACACAACUGACAUAGUAUGAGAUAUUCUAAUCACAUGUAUGACAUGGCUCACAUUAUGUACAAUAAUGGGGAUUUUACAGCCCCCCUCCCUAUGUCACAGACAGCCGCGAGAGACCAUCAUUGAUCCUCGGUAGGGUGACUCAUACCCAUCAGUCAGGGCUUCCACUGAAUGAUUGGAGCACACAUCCUCCUCUACGUGAAAGAGAAAUUAUAAUCAACCCCUCUCUCCCUUCUGCUCACCCCCUCUCUCCCUCCCUUUCUCUCUCCCUCUGUUUAAAUCUUGUGCAGGUCUCUUCCCUGAGCAUCUGAUUGAGGUGAUGAGCAGAGAGCUGGCGCUGGAAUGUGAUUACAUAAGAGAGGCCAAAUGUGCCAAGAAAUUCAAGUGAGUAAUGAAAACAACAAGAUGAGCUUCUUCUUAAAGACCACCUCCCUGUAACUACUUUUAUCAUCUAACCUAACUGUCACUGCUCCGCUCCUGAAAUGAAAAAUGGGGGGUAAAAUUGCUCUAUAUUUUGGAUGAAGUUGGAUUUAGCCAAGCAAUAUGAAUUUUUUAUGAGUCAACAGUUGUUUUUAAUGGCCACAACUUGUAGUAUUCAGUGUUUUGUAGAGAUGCAGAGUACAGUAUUAGCACUUAAUGAAUCCCUCCCUCCCCAGGGGGCCAAGUUAAAUGAAUCUCUUAAACACAGUUCCUCAGUGGUCCAGAUCAGGAAAGGUACUGUAGCCUGUAGGGGCUAAGAAUAGCCACUCUAGCCCUCUGGGGAGCGUUAGGUUUCGAUGGCUUGAUAUGAAGGCACACCGGUCGCUUGCAGCCAGCUUUUAAAUAUAGCCAUACUGGAAAUAAUACAAGAAGACAACAAGCACCCCCUCCCCAUGCCCUCUCCUCAUGUCCCCCGUCCCCGCUCCAUGAUCUGUUGACGGGCAGGCAGGCAGGGUGAGGGAUAGGGUUAGGGUUCAUGUCCAGAGCAGGUUUCCUGUUACACACGCAGUACGCACCAGCUGUGAAUGACGUGCUUUUCACCUUGACCACGGACAGUGACACCUCUCCCUUCUAUGCAUAGUCAUACAGUAGAUGGUUCACCCUCCCCAUUAAACAGUGAUUUAUACAGCCCAAGCACACUGUGUUAGUGUAGACACUGGAGGAUUAUUUGAGGGAUUGUGGCGAUGCAAUGAGUUGUUGUUGAGGUCACUCACUGAUAAAUCUGUGUAGUUUGAAAAGAGGAUCAUAUAGUGUAACUCGUAUAGUACUGUAAUGCUAUUUGAAAACACUAAAGAUCCUGUGAAUCUUUAUGACACAAAUAAUGAACAUGUACUCCCAUUUAGUCCUAAUUGCUGAGUUAUCCAGCAGUAGUUUUCAGAGCUGUAUGUUGUAUUGUUCCUGUGUCUGACGAGUGUUGCAUGUAUGUGAUUGGUACAGGGAGCUGCUGAAGGACCACCCGUUCUUCUACGUACCAGACGUAAUAGACGAGCUGAGCAGCAACGCCGUCCUCACCACAGAGCUGGUCCCCGGCUUCCCUCUGGACCAGGCUGAACAACUCUCCCAGGAACUCAAGAAUGAGGUCAGUACAUGCUGCAACUGUAUUCAAUAACAAAUAAAUACACAAAAGAAUGACACCAUUCUGUAUUCUGGUGCUUACUACUUACUUACUGCAUAUUGUGUAAAUGUGGAAUAUGAUGUGUUUUCUUCUUGCCAAGCUUGUUUUGAUGAGUAAGACAAACGCCACCACCACAACAACCUCCUUUGUCGCCUCACCCACCAAAACACCUUCAAGAGUGUAAUACUGCCCCUUGGUGGCGACACUGCAGACUGAGAAAUGUGUUCUUAAAGAUCUCUCUCUCGGUCAGAUCUGUGAGAAUAUCCUGAAGCUGUGUUUGAGGGAGCUGUUUGAGUUCAGAUACAUGCAGACUGACCCCAACUGGUCCAACUUCUUCUACGACCCGCAGACACACCGGGUGAGUCUGCCUUUUAACUCUUGUUAUCAACUUCAUCAUUAGAGUCCACUGAUUUUGAUGACACUCCUAAAGGUCCUCUCCGUGUAAACGUAAAUACUUGGUGUCUUAUGUGGAGCACACCAAGCCUAUGCAGUAACCCCCUUCCAGUACCACGGUUUUGCUGAAUUCUUAAAAUGACUAAACAUUGCUACUGUUUCAUCCUUAGGUUGCGUUGUUGGAUUUCGGAGCAACGAGAGGAUUUAGUGAAGACUUCACUGACAUCUACAUUGAGGUGAGAUAUUAGGCUAUAUCCCCCAACAAAACAUAACAGAUCAAAAUGAUUUAUUUUGAUGUGUGUGACAUCCACUAUUUAUUGUUUUAAUCAGCUCAUCAAGUCUGCGGCAGAGGGAGACAGAGAGGGGGUUCUGAAGAGAUCAAGAGACAUGAAGUUCCUCACAGGUUAUGAGUCAAAGGUGAGUCACUUCAUUCGUUCUCAACACAUCCAUCAAUAAUGCUAUAUAUACUUUUUUAUUUAGUCACAAUGAAUUGAGAAGGCUCUUCAUUACUCUAUGGCAUAAACUUAGUAGUGAAUACUCAACUUAAUUACAAAACACACUAACACACACCCAGGUUAUUAACCUCUUUGAUAUUGUUCUGCCCGUCCCGUCCCUCAGUCCAUGGAGAACGCCCAUGUGGACGCGGUGAUGAUCCUGGGUGAGGCCUUCGCCUCCACGGAGCCCUUUAACUUCGGGGCCCAGAGCACCACGGAGCGCAUCCACAACCUGAUCCCUGUGAUGCUGAAGCAGCGCCUCACCCCGCCCCCCGAGGAGACCUACUCCCUCCACCGCAAGAUGGGCGGCUCCUUCCUCAUCUGCUCCCGCCUUGACGCCAAACUCAGCUGCAAGAACAUGUUCCAGGAAGCCUAUAACAACUACUGGAGGGACCGCCCCAACUGA